AUGGCUUCCGACGAGCAGGAUACGUUUGCCAACCGCGAAGCACCUAUACCCCUCCUGCAAGUACAUCCGGCAGACGACAGCACACCAAAAAUAUUGACGCCAAGUACUGAGCAUGGUCACAGUCGCCGUCUUUCGGCCAGCAAGCUCAAGGACAAGCUGGAGUCUCUUGGCGACAAGAGUGGACGCGAUUCAGCUGGCCGGAUGGGAGACAAGAUGUUCAAUCUCAAUGAUGCAUCUUCGUCAACCCGUGUCAAGGACCGACGCUCUCGCACUUAUGUUGCGCGCCCCAACUUCUCCAUUCCCACCAUGUCAUCCAACUUCCGACGCUUCAACUCCCGCAUAGGCGUCGCAUUCAUCCUUCAGAACCGACUCAUCCAUCUGUUCACCUGGGCCGAGCCAACCCAAACGCUUUCUUUCUUGUUUGUCUGGACCUUCCUAUGCGUGGACCCGUAUCUCUUGCCAGUACUACCGCUAGCCAGCCUGUUGUUCUUCGUCAUGGUGCCAAGCUUCCUCACACGACACCCAGAACCCGAAGUCCACGUCGGUGAUGCCGACCUCUGGCAAGGCAGUCUCAGUGGCCCACCCCUCGCCAAUGCCCGAACCAUCAAGCCCGCCCCCGAAUUCUCCAAAGACUUCUUCCGCAACAUGCGCGACCUGCAAAACUGCAUGGAGGACUUCUCCACCAUCCACGACGCCGUCCUCGCCUUCCUCACACCCCUAACAAACUUCUCAAACGAGAACCUCAGCUCCAUGUUGUACAUCCUCCUCCUGCUCCUCUCCUGCACCCUCUUCAUCAGCGCGCACCUCCUCCCCUGGCGCCUGAUCUUCCUCGCCAUCGGCUACACCCUCACCGCCCUCGGCCACCCCACCAUCCAAGACCUCCUCGCCACUCCGGAGAACGAAAAACUCCUCUCCGACACCGAGCACGAAGGCCGCUCGUUCCUCCUCACCAUCAGCAAGGCCGACAUCGAACUCGAGCCCACGCAGGAAUCCCGCGAAGUCGAGAUCUUCGAGCUCCAGCACCGCGCCCUGCACGAUGAGCAUGGGGAGUAUGAGGGCUUCAUGUUUAGCUCCUCGCCGUAUUCGCCACUAUCCCCAGCACGCAUCUCGGGCGAUAAACCGCGUGGCACCCCGUUCUUCGAAGACGUACUCCCGCCCCGCGGCUGGCGCUGGGCGGACAAGAAGUGGACGCUUGACCUUCUCUCGCGCGAGUGGGUAGAGGAUCGGUGUGUGACGGGCGUAGAGGUGGAGAUUGAGGGGGAGCGCUGGGUGACGGAUUUACACUACGAGGUUCUGGAGAGUGACGGGGAGAGGGAGAAGGCGAAGAGGGCGAGGUUGCAGAAGAAGCCGGGGAGAGGUGCUCAGACGGGCGUGGGAGAGUCAUAG